AUGAGAAAGUCUACAAGUCACUACCUAUCAAUAUUUGCACUUAUUUCUUGGCAAGGCGGAGUUUCAUCAAGUCUGGUUGAAGAAGUGGCCAUCUCUGCCAAUCUGGACACCGAAUCUGGAAAUCAACAGAAACAAGACAAUCGCAAGUUAAAAGAGAAAACUAUCAAGGGGACAAGGAAGCUUACUGAGGAUUAUUUACGACUACAACCUGAAGGAACAUGGAGCGCCUGGACAAAUGAACGACGUGUUCCUAAGAAGAAGGAGUCAAUUUUGUACAACCGUGCUGACGGUGGAGUACCUCGCCCACUAGAUAUUCUCAUAGACGUGCAAAGUCCCACAUCGUCACCUAGCUCAUCGCCUACACAGACAAUAAGUUACGUUCCAGGAAAACUGAACUUCAGUCAAAAUGGGCUACUGCUGAGUGAAGGACUACAGAGUAGAAUCAUCGCCAAGUCGGCGGAGAAGGUGCAACUCGUUGAUGGAUCUUCCUCAAGCUAUGGCUUUCAUCGCAGUCCCGACGGCGCUGCAGUUUUUGCCGAUCCAGAUACUGGGGGCUGGAUUUAUGUCAGCAACUCGGAGGCGGCGUAUGGUGAUGGCGGCGUGGGCGCAAUCUCUUUCAAUGCAGAUGGUGAGGUCGUUGGCUUUAAGAUUCUCCAAGUGGGAACCUCGUGGAAUUGUUCAGGAGGGAAAACGCCAUGGAACACAUGGGUAUCUUGUGAAGAGUAUUGGGACGGCAGAAUCUGGCAAGUCGAUCCAAAAGGACUACGCCCUCCCGAAGUGACAUCUAUUAGCACCGACAAUCUAGGAUAUUUUGAGUCAUUUGCAUACGACAUACGCGAUUUUGAUACGCCUCGGUUCUUUGUGACAGAAGAUUCUGAGUUCGGUGCAUUACGGCGGUACACCCCCUCCGAUCCAAACUGGGAUGAUCCAUGGUCGAUUUUGCAUGGGGAAGGAACGAUGGAUUAUCUUGUAUUGGAACCAUCCGGUGGAAAUCGAUGGGAUAGAGCGGGGACUUUCUCUUGGACGACGAACUUCCGGAUUGGGCAAAACAGUGCCAUUCGGUUUUAUCAGCAUACCGAGGGUCUAGACGUAUACGACAAUGAACUCUUUAUUGUCUCCAAGGCGCAGCGCUCUCUGUUCAUUCUCGAUUUGGACAACAAUACGUAUGAACGUCACUCGACCGAUUCUGGUUUGUUUGAUGGACAGCCCGACCAAAUGCAACGCCUGAUCAAGAAUGGUCCUUCCAACGUUGAAUCGAGCAAUACAUUCAAAGCCAAUGAAGCUGAAGAAGAGCCUCUCUUGUAUUUCUGUGAGGAGGUUGGUACAGCCAAUGGCAUUCAUGCUCGCGACGCCAACGGAUGGUUCUACACGAUCCUUGAAUCUUCGCAAUAUGGUAGAGAGACGUCUGGACUCGCAUUUUCUCCUGACGGAAAGCAUAUGUACUUUUCGUAUCAAUCCGCGGGAAUUAUUUUUGAUAUUUGGCGAGAUGAUGGGUUGCGCUUUUAUGGAAAAUCACUAGACGUUCAUUACCAUGAGAAACCAGAUGUUCCAGACCAAGAAAGAGACAUGUGGGCAUAA